AACCUGGGAUGUGCACCAACCCCGGAGAGCGAGAUCAAAGGGACUGGAAACAGACUGGGGACUGGUGGGGGGAGGGGGCCGGCCAGCCUGUGGAGUCCUCCCGGAGAAGCGGAGGGCCCGGCUUCCACUGUGACUCCAGCGGCCUGCUUGGGGUUUUAAUUAUUAUUUUGAAAUUUCUGAAUCGAGCUAGAGCGAGAUAGCGAGAGAUCUCCGGAGACUGCGACUCGCUGGCUCUCUCUCCGAGAUGAUGCAGAGUGCGACUGUCCCCGCGGAAGGGGCUGUCAAGGGGCUCCCGGAGAUGCUAGGUGUGCCGAUGCAACAGAUCCCCCAGUGUGCUGGCUGCAACCAGCACAUCUUGGACAAGUUCAUCCUGAAGGUCCUGGACAGACACUGGCACAGCUCCUGCCUCAAGUGUGCAGACUGCCAGAUGCAGCUGGCGGACAGGUGCUUCUCCAGGGCCGGGAGCGUCUACUGCAAGGAGGACUUCUUCAAGUAAGUCAGAAUAGUCCCUGUCGUGGCCCUGGCCUGUCUCUGCCUCUCCCCAUGCAGUGAGGGGGAAGUUUGCAGCGGGGUAGGCCAGGGAGGGUGGAGAGUCCACUCUGGGAGGGGCAGGUAAGUCCUGGAGCUGAGAGGAUGCCCCUUGUUGAGCUCCCCCUUCUGAUCAGUGGCCCAUCACUGCCGGAGGUCCAGCCUCUAGGCCUCAUUUGAUCUCUGCAUGGGGCAGGGGUGAGGA